AAUUACACGAUUGUUAUUUAUUAUUCUUGUUUUUAUCAUAGAUUAUGGAUUUAAACUAGCUUGUUCAGGCUUCCAGAGCAAAACAAUACCAUGUAUGACUUCUGCUAGCUGCAGAGGGAAACAAAAGGUCCCAUUUUAGUUAUAUUAUUCUCAAUGAGGAAACUGCAAUUCACAAAGUUUAUAUGAAGAGAGAAUCAUCCUUUGCUCCUUGAAGUUCUCCCAAAUGACCUGUAUUUUUGGUUCAUUGAAAAGAGCUUCAGGGUCCUGACGAACCGCCCCUCCUGCCCAUUAGUGCUGUGGAGGAAGGAGCCACUUCCUUUCUGUGUUCUCCGUAGACCCGUGAGCAGAAACGGCCUCGGUAUGCAGAACGACGCCGGCGAGUUUGUGGACCUGUACGUGCUGCGGAAAUGCUCCGCGAGCAACCGCAUCAUUGCUGCCAAGGACCACGCGUCCAUCCAGAUGAAUGUGGCCGAGGUUGACAGGAGUACAGGCCGAUUUAAUGGUCAUUUUAAAACCUACGGCAUCGGCGGGGCCAUUUGCAGGAUGGGCGAGUCAGAUGAUUCUAUUCUCCGAUUGGCUAAGGCUGAUGGAAUUGUCUCAAAGAACUUUUGAGCCAGAAGAAAUCGGGAAUAAUUUGUUAUAAAUAAAAGUGAUAAUAAGUAAAAAAAAAAAAAAA